GCGGAAGCCCCUGGCUCGCGGGACCAGAGAGGCAGGCGGGGAGCUGAGGGCGGUAUGUCCCAGGCCCCAGGAGCACAGCAGAGCCCACCCUCCGUGUACCACGAGAGACAGCGCCUGGAGCUGUGCGCCGUGCACGCCCUCAACAACGUCCUGCAGCAGCAGCUGUUCAGCCAAGAGGCUGCCGAUGAGAUCUGCAAGAGGCUGGCACCAGACUCCCGGCUGAACCCCCAUCGGAGCCUCCUGGGUACUGGAAACUAUGACGUCAACGUGAUCAUGGCUGCUCUGCAGGGGCUGGGCCUGGCCGCUGUGUGGUGGGACAGGAGGAGGCCCCUGUCUCAGCUGGCCCUGCCCCAGGUGCUGGGGCUGAUCCUCAACCUGCCGUCCCCCGUGUCUCUGGGCCUGCUGUCCCUGCCUCUGCGCCGGCGGCACUGGGUGGCCUUGCGCCAGGUGGACGGCAUCUACUAUAACCUGGACUCGAAGCUGCGGGCGCCCGAAGCCCUAGGGGACGAGGACGGUGUCAGGGCCUUCCUGGCGACUGCGCUGGCUCAGGGUCUGUGUGAGGUGCUGCUGGUAGUGACCAAAGAAGUGGAGGAACAGGGCUGCUGGCUGCGGACAGACUGA